AUGUCCUCCGCGGGUUUUGGCAAUCAUGGGUUCUUCACUCCAGAUCGGUUCUCCACUCAAGGAUGCGCCAAGCACGGGAGCCUGCAGAGGACGGCAGCAGUGACUCGGGAGGCAACAGCAGUGAGAGGGAGAAGCGAGCGGUGGGAUGACGCACGGCCGGCAGCCACACGGCUGCCUCCUACCCGCCCUGCUGACCACCCGCUCUGCUCGAGGCGGGCGCUUCAGGCAAGGAGGAGGACGGGCGAGCGUGGUGGGAUGACGCACGGCCGGCAGCCACUGGCGUGUGGCUGCCUCCUACUCGCCCUGCUGACCACCCGCUCAAGGCAAGGAGGACACUUGGAGCAAGGAGGUAAGCAUGCGACUCUUGGGGCUCGAGGCAAGGAGGAGACUUGGGGAAAGGAGGAGGAGGCAACCAGGCGGCACUUCAGCACUGCCCUCCACGCACCUCCUCUUCCCACCUCUGACGCCCAACCUGACCUGCACUCCGUCCUCAACCCCUUCCCACCGUCGACACUCAAGGAGGGGGGAGCGGCAGCUUGGAGGGUAUUCAACACCGUCACCGACAUGUAA